UUUUGAAAAUGUUUUUUUUUCUUCUCUUGCAGACCCCUCCGCCACCCCCGGCCGAACCUCUGCAAGUUGAACUUUUGCCAGUUUUAGCUACAGUAAGUGCAUCGCAAGAUGGAUCCCUCAACUCCCAGACAAUGGUGCACACCAUGGCACAUCAACACUCUUCCACCGUUGACACGGCAGCCCUCAAGCAGGUGGUGCCGGGUCUGUCCAUGCCUCAACAAAUGGCACCGACUCCCAUCACGUCACAGCCCUCUCCUGUCAGUACGACAACCGCCCUUCCCCUGCACCCCAUCAUGGAACUGCCCAAGAAGUCAAAGAGCCGAGGCCCCUACAUCUGUUCCUUGUGCUCGAAAGAGUUUAAAAACGGCUACAACCUCAGAAGGCACGAAGCAAUCCACACGGGUACCAAACCCGCCCGGGCGCAGCCGGCUGCCGUUAAGAUGCCCACGAUGGUGCCGCUCAGUUUGCUCAGCGUGGCCGGGACGCUCGGGGCAGGUACGGAAGGCCUGGAGGUGCAAAAUUCCGCCUCUACGCUUUCCCUUUCGGUGCCCGGGCCCGCCCCCACAGCCAAGAAGGUGCGCAAGAACCAUGCCUGCGAGAUGUGCGGCAAAGCCUUCAGAGAUGUCUACCACCUGAACCGCCACAAGUUGUCGCACUCUGACGAGAAGCCCUACUCCUGCCACGUGUGUCAGCAACGCUUCAAGCGCAAGGACCGGAUGACGUACCACGUGCGUUCCCACGACGGCACGGUGCACAAGCCCUACAUCUGCAGCCACUGUGGAAAAGGAUUCUCGCGCCCUGAUCAUCUGAACAGUCAUGUCAGACAAGUUCAUUCCACGGAGCGUCCCUUUAAAUGCCAGACGUGUGAAGCUGCCUUCGCUACGAAGGACCGUCUGAGAGCGCACAUGGUGCGACACGAGGAGAAGGUCCCAUGUCACGUCUGCGGGAAGCUCCUUAGCGCCGCCUACAUCACGGACCACAUGAAGGUUCACAACCAGGGCCCCAACCACGUGUGUGAGCUGUGCAACAAAGGGACCUGCCAAGUCUGCCCUAUGUCGGACCCAACGGCCGCCGUGACCGCCGUCCUGCCCAACGCUACUAUCCCUGGCAUCUUGCCGUCGCAGCCCUGGUGACUGGCUCUCCUGGAGGGGGAUACAGACGCUGCGGCCUCUCUCUUCUGAUGUGUUUGUGUACAGACUGGUGGGGGGGGCGGUGGCUCCCCUUGAUGCGCACAUAUGUAUUAUGAAGAGGGGGUGCGUGUAACCUCCUCCUGUCGCCUUCAACCUCCCCCCAAAGGGAGGAUUUAGGAAGGCGACAAGGAAAAUCGGAAAAAAAAAAAAGGAGCACCA